AUGUUAGACGAUCGAGAGAUUAUAGUUUGCGUUAAAGGUUACGAACUGAAUCACAUAUCAAAGCCUUUAAGUUUAGAUGAACUAAAAAUUCUGAUGGAAUUUUAUGCAAAGUGGCACAGCAUUUCUAUUGCCAUGAAAACAUUGGAGCCGCAGAUUUGGAAAAACACAAUUUAUAAUUUAAAUUACUGGAAAUCAUUUAUAGUUGAGGCGCCAGCAAUGCAGAUAUUUAGUAAGUUUCACAAAUGCAUGUGCAGAAUGUUGAAAUCAAGAAAUGAGCAUGAAAUGCUGAAAAAAAUUGAAAUGUUAGAUUUUGUCCAGAUCGCAAGAGAGUCGAUACAAGAAGACAAUGAGUUAACAGUCGUGGUACACGCAGAUUGUUGGAACAACAAUUAUUUAUUCAAAUAUAAGGACGGGAACGUUAACGAUGUUGCGGUAGUCGACUGGCAAUUAUCAAGUUUAGGAUACAUUCAGAACGAUUUAUCUUGCUGCAUCUUAUCUUGCAUAUCCUCAAAUGAGAUAAACGAGGUCGACACACUCCUGGAAUUUUACUACUAUCAAUUUUCUACAUCUUUGACAUUAAAUAUGGUUUAAUUUCGUUGCCAUAUAUAUUCAGUAAAUCUGUGGAAAAAUCUGAAUCGAAUAAGGAUCCAAAUAACAGAGAA